GGGUGGUGGGUUUUCAUCUUUUCCAGAAACCCGUGAUUAAAGGACACGUGUGUGCGCUUGUUAAUGGGCUUUUUGGCUAUAAAUAGAAUUUAUCGCCAAGUAUAUAUAAUCAAAUAGCUAGCUAGUACUGAUGAGUCUUUAUUAUUUAGGAAUCUAUCUCUUGAUCUGAGUGAGCUGUGUGAGUAUGUAUAUGAAAUAAUAGAGACAGAGAAAGUGUAACUAUGGGGAAGUACGUGAGAAGGGGCAGGGUAGUGGCGUGUGUGAUGGUGUUACUGAUGUCGACUCAAGUUUUGGGAAUAUUAUCUGGUACGGAUGGUCAUGAUAGUGGCAAAAACCGACGUCAAAAACAUGGAGGACACGGUGAUGGUGUUGGUGCCGGUGGAGGUGGAGGUGUAGGUUCUGGAGGUGGUAUAGCCUAUACCGUGCCAAAGUCAAUGGCGGUUGGAGGCGGUAAAAGAGUCGAUGGUGGUGCUAGCGGUGGCAUUGGAGUUGGAUGUGGAAUUGGCGGAGGGGGAGGUAUAGGCGGUGGUGGUGGUGACGGAGGUACAGGUGGUGGAAGUGGAAUUGGCGGACGAGGAGGGAUAGGCGGCGGUGGUGGUGACGGAGGUGCAGGUGGAGGAAGUGGAGCCGGAGGAAGAGCUGGUGAGGACGCGGUAGUGGGCGUUAUAGUGCGGGAGCUAAUGGUAGCGAAGGAGCGGGUGGUAGUAGAGGAGCCCGAGGGAAGAACGGGUAGAAGUGGAGUGGCUAGUGUUGUUGGAGGAAGACGUGGUGGUGGACAAGGAGGAGGUGUUCGAGGAGGUGCACGUGGUAAUGUUGGUAGCGGAAAUGGCAGUGGUGUUAGAGGCGGAGGAGGAUAUGGAGGCGGUGGAGGACUCGGCAGUGGUGUAGGACGCGGGGAAAAUGUUGGUGGAGUUGGUGGUGCAGGUGAAGGAGUUGGUAGUGACCGACGACACUAA